ACGAUAUUUUCAGAGACACCGCUCACUUGCUCUUCUUGGAUUGACAGGGUGAACGUGGUGAAGUGAUGUUUGGUGCGUUUCCGAUAUCAGUUCAUAAUAGCUGUGUUGGCAAGCAUAAACAAAAUGGCCAUGGAUAAACAAAAUGAAUGUUCAUGUUCAUUCCAUAUCAGAAUUCUCUAUUUUGCUUUUUCAGUUCUCUGUUUUCUUACCAUAUCGAUGUUCGUGUUAACAUUCUGUUACGUAUCGCAGUUAAGGGAAACCCGGCUCUGCCUCUCCGAAUCUUCAGGGGAGCCCUACGAACCUUCUGGCAAGGGAGAAUACCCAAAUGCAAGUACUUUGAAUGAAGACUUUCCUCCAAUUUACAGACCUGGAAAGGAUUUAGAACAUGACAAAGAUGGCCAUUGGGGUGAUGAAAGAGAAGAUAAUGGAAUUAACAGUGAUAGUAAGUUUGGUACAAACGAAAAGGAAGAUGCGAGUGUUUUGGGUCGAUCAAGAAGGGAUGUAAACGGCCAAGAUGAUAGAAGACUUCAGGUCUUAGCAACUGUUCCAAUAUCAAUUCCCCUUUCAUCAAUCGCAAAUGUUUGUAACUGGACAAACGAUGAAUGCCCAAGAGGUCCAAAAGGAGAUCCUGGUCCUACAGGGCUUACUGGUCAGAUCGGUCAGAGGGGACUCCCAGGAACACGUGGAGAGGCUGGUCCGAGAGGGAAGCGAGGAGAUCGAGGACCCAAAGGCCACGCAGGUAGUAAUGGAGAGCCAGGAGCACGAGGAGAAAAGGGAGACAUUGGUUUACCUGGACCACAAGGUCCACCUGGUCUCCAAGGAACCCGGAUCGAUAACUGUUCGUGCCAAGGUAAUCGUAGAUCGGCAGAUGAAAACCAUGGUGUAGCCAGUAUUCCAUUGGAAGAGCUGGAAACUAAGAUGCGGAGAAUCCUCCUUCAGUCAUCAAUCUCCGGGUUUAUCAUCGCCAAUGACAGUUCAGAUAAAGCAGAAGUCAUCAUUAGCAGUUUUAAAUCCGUUAAGCGUGGCCCUCCUGCUCCUCUGAUGGCGUCAGGUGAUGGGUCGACAGGUGUGCAGAAUGACGUCAUCGGUGAAGCAUCUUCUGAUCAAGAUUCUGACGUUGAUAUUGGAAAUGAUAACCCUGGUGAUGGUCUUUCUCAUAUUUCGAAUAUACAUCCAAAUCAUGCAUUCGCUCCACCUGGUAGUGGUAACACUACAGCUCGCAAACCACAGCAUCUUGAUCAGGGCAGGACGUUGAAAGAAUCUGGUAAUUCUCGACUACGGGCCGGAAGUGAUGGCGAUGCCGGAAACCUUUUUGUAGACCAUGUAGCGACGACAGACAUGCCGACAUCGUUACCAGCCCAAGCUUUGAGCACGGACAGCAGGACUAUGAUCGUUGACCCGCAAGAGACUUCAGAAAAUGAGGCAGAGGGAUCACUGUUCAUCAAUGACCGCCGUGGCCACGGUGGAAGCAAUAGCGUCAACUUUGGUGAAGAUCAGUUAAUGAUGGUCACUCAAUCAUCAAAAAUGACUUCCGAUCCCGACAUGCCUGAUCAGCAGAUCACAACACCUGGGGGCACCGCUGAUGGAAUGACAAGGAUGAGCAUAGAUGACCAGAAAUUGAUGAAUAUAUCGGCUCUCUUGCAACGUCUGAACGAGCUGACAGCCAAUAGAACGUCUCUCUUGGAUUUUGUUCAAAUGGCAACAAAGAGUACAUGUGGGUGUCCGGGACCCCCAGGUCCAAUCGGUCCACGUGGAUAUGUUGGGCCAAAGGGAGAUCAGGGUGUGAAGGGCCUUCCAGGAGCCAUAGGAGAGAAAGGGGAUAAGGGCGAUCGUGGGUCACUCAUCGACGGCGAAGGACAUAUCCUCCAGGGUCCACCUGGACCAAAAGGAGACAGAGGCGUCGCUGGCUCAAGAGGACGUAAGGGGGAACCAGGUAUUGACGGAAUGGAUGGGAUGACGGGUCUACCGGGCGUUCAAGGAGAACCUGGUCCUCGUGGUCUUCCAGGUGAAGAGGGGGAUCCUGGACCGAUGGGAAUAAAGGGUUCCAAAGGGGAUAUGGGUCCGAUGGGAACCAGGGGACAAAUCGGUUAUGAUGGCCAGAAAGGUAGCAAGGGUGAACCUGGUGUAAGAGGACACAGAGGUGUUCCUGGAUCAACAGGACCGUUUGGACCAAAAGGAAUCAAGGGAGAGCAGGGUAAGAGAGGUGAAAGAGGCUACCCUGGUCUUACAGGUUCAUCAGGUCCACCAGGGGAACCUGGAACCCCAGGUCGAAAUGGAAUGAAAGGACAAAAAGGAGAACGCCAUGUCUAUGUGCUGCCAGGCGGUGAACAUGUGCAACCUACUGAGUAUUUCUCUCCAACCCCUCCUAGCCCAAACCCAACAACCAAACCUGCAAACAUUGAGCCUGAGGAAAAGAUGUUCAAGAUAUAUGAACCAAUUGUGAAAUCAAAGUGCCGGCUGACGAACAUUUCUGCCCCACAUGAGAUCCAUACUGUGAAAAGAUCCUACGGAACUUGGAUGACAGACACAUCUGAAGAUAGCAGACAGACUGAUGUUAUAUGGCUCACCAUGCAUCAUCAUGGGGCUAUACUCAUAGAAUACAAAAACCUUGAUGAAAUGAAAGACCGACGACUUUCAUCCACCUACGCAUUACCCUUCCAGUGGGAUGGUAAUGGCCAUGUGGUAUACAAUGGAUCUUUCUACUAUCAUCAUAGAAACACAGGUUGUAUCAUUCGAUAUAACUUGAGUAGUGGAUCCAUUAUCAAACGUGUACCAAUAACAUCUCUAGGUUACCAAGACGAUGACUUGUUCCAACUGUCUUCAGGAUACACCAAUGUUGACUUUGCAGUAGAUGAAAAUGGUCUGUGGAUCAUAUACCCACUCACUCGCCCUGGAUCCAUCGGUAAACUCGCCGUCUCCAAACUUGACCCUGACUCGCUGGAAAUCAUCACAACUAUCACAACAGAUCAUAACUUCCAGUCAACGGCCAAUGCCUUUAUUAUCUGCGGUGUGUUGUACACGACAAAAGGACCGCAUAGCAGACCAUCAAGGGUUGAUUUUGCUUUUGACUUGCUAAGAGAGGUCGUUUUGGAGGAUAUCAGUAUGAACAUUGAGAACAGACAUCGUAGAACUGUUAUGCUCUCGUAUAAUCCUCGAGAUAGACUGUUGUAUGGAUGGGAUAAAGGCAGACUUCUUACAUAUCAUGUGACAAUUAAGGAAUAUACAGAUGAUUAAAAAAAGACAAACAUGCUGUAUGCAGCAUUGUAAAUAUGUGUAUUAUGAUAUUGUAAAUGCACUGGUAUAGUUGAUACAGAGAUUGAACUGAGAGGAGUUCUUUUAUAGAUAAAUUAUGUAUCGAAUAAUUACCUUGAUAAUAUUAAUUACAACGUUGAAAUAAGCCAUCCAAAUUGAACACUAAUAACCACAUUGUAAAGUCCAAUGAUCAUGCUAUCAAUAUUAUCUCAUAAUGAAAUAAUUUUUUUUGAUUAAUUUGUCCAAAGUUUAAGUCAGAGUAACAACAGUUCUUUGAGAAUAAAGAAACAAGCGAGACAGACUGCAUACAUUUAAUUCCUCUACAUCAAGAAUACCACUACGCUUUUUUUCAGGGAGCAGUCAACGAUCAUUUGGGUAAAAAAACAUUACUCAUGUAAGGUAGAGAAACCAUCCUUUUUGAUAAUUUAAUAACAUUUCUUGCAUAAAGAGGAUGUCAUGUACAUGUUUAUUUCUUUUAAGGUGCUAUAACUUAUGUAUAAAAUGUAAAUAUGUAUAUAUUUUACAUCAAUUCGUGAUAUCAGUCUUAUUCUAAAUAAUUUUAUGGUAAAAUGGCAAAUGCACAGCUGUAGAUAUCCUUUCAAUAAUAGCAAAAAUUAACAAAUUUUUCUUUCUUAAUUCUUUUAAACUGAAAUCUGUCCCUAAUGUCUGUCCUAAAUAGCUUCAUGCUAUGGAGUAUCAGAUCAAGAUAUUCCAGCUUUGGUUUCCUUCUUAGAUAACAUCCUG